ACCAUUAUCACAUCGUCAAACACUUUCUACUAUCGAUAAUAUUCCAUUAACUAUAACAGAUAAUGAUCUUCAACGAGUAUCACCUUCAUUCAUACUCAUGCAAUCAUCUCCUACCGGUGCAAAUGGUUCAACAAUUUAUUCUCAACCACAACCACAACCACAAAUAGUUCAUAGUACAACUCGAUCAAAUACUAUGCCAUCAUGGCGUGGUUAUUUACCAAUAAAAUUUGAAUCAACUACAUUAGAUCAAUAUCAAAUGACACCUCAUUUUUCUCAAAAAGUUUUUCUUGGUGGUAUUCCAUCUGAACUUACUGAAGCUGAAUUAUUACUUGUAUUAAGAAAAUUUGGUAAAUGUAAUAUCAAAUGGCCAAAGAAUAAUGGAAUCAAUCAUAAUAUGCCUGGUUUUUGUCAUGUUGUUUAUCGUGAAUCACGUUCAGUUGCUGAACUUCUUAAACAUUGUACUCGACAACAACGUUCAACUAUUGAUUAUUUUCUUCAUAUUCAUAUCUUACCAACAACAACUGGUUUGUCUAUUCGUACAACUCGAUUCAAACCUAUUCAAGUUGUUCCUUGGAAUGUAAAAGAUAAUGUAUAUGUCAUGCAACAAGAUAAUAUGUCAAAUAAUGAAACAUCUUAUAAAGAUUGGUCACGAACUAUUUUUGUUUCACCACUUCAUGGUAAAAUGACUGCAUUUAGUCUUAGUACAAUCAUGUCAAAUGUAUUUGGAGCUGUUUUAAUGGCUCAAAUCAAUACAGAUAAAUAUGGAUAUCCAACAGGUACAGGAACUGUAUUAUUUUGUGAUUCUCAUAGUUAUAUGCGUGCAGUAGCUGCUGGUGCUAUUGAUAUUAAAUGUGAUUGUUUUCAUAAAUUACUUGAUAUUGAUCCAUUUUUACGAGAAAAUGAACCAUGUGCAUUUUGUCCAUUGAUUGCUGAUCUCUUUUGUCGAAAUUUUCAUUGUCUUCGAUCAUAUUGUAAACAAUGUUGGAUAAAUAGACAUGGAUCAAAACCACUUGCUGAUCAUCAACCUGCAACUCGACGACAACAACCAUUACAGCAUAUUUGA